AUGCAUUUGGCAGGAGCAACUUUCAUCUUGAGCGUUUUUUACCUGUCCGUUGGACUUGGUGAAAUUGCACCCAUCCUGCAAUCGAUGGUUUGCUCUAGAAGCGACCCUGAUCUGUCGAAAUGUGUCACGAACGCAAUGAACAGCAUCCGGUCGGCUCUAGCGUUGGGAGAUUUCGGUGCUGGACGAACAGCACCCAUGCUGGAUCCGUACCAGAUCAAGACGUUGGACAUCCGAAACGGACAGAACUUUGAAGUUUUACUACGCAAUGCGACGAUUGAAGGAAUCGGCGAUUACAAAAUUACUGAACUUCGUGAGGACCUGCCCCAGAAGAAAUUUAACUUCCGCCUGAAUCUGCCUUCGCUGUUUGUUAAGGGAAAGUACGAUCUGAACAUGUACGUUCUUCUGUCCAGAAUCUUUGGUAAAGGAAAUUUCAACAUGACUCUCAUUGACACCUUGGCGGACGUGACCGCUCAAUAUUUCCUAGAACCGAAAGACGGCAAAAACCUGGUCCAAUUCAAACCGCUAGACAUCAAACUAAAGUUCGACAAAGCCCGGUUUUAUUUGGACAACCUUUUCGAUGGCGACCAGAAUCUGGGACAGUUCGGGAACAAUGCCAUUAACUCGUUUCCGAGCCUGCUGCUGGAUCAGGUGAAGCCCGGCAUCGAAGCGCAUCUGACCCGGUCGGUAACGAAAAUGGCCAACGCCGUCGUGAGCGGAGCGGAGGAACAGGAAAUUCUGCUACCGUGA